AUGCUCCCCACUACUACUAUGACCGCACCCCGUGUGAGUCACGGCGCGAAGACCAUCCGCCGCUACCGCCACGAUCCCUACGGGGCCCGCGUGUUGGAGCCCCUCCCCGCCGUCGUGGCCGCCGCCCCGUCCCUCCCGCACUCCGCCUCCCACUCCUCCUCCUCGUCGGCCUCGACGCCCUCGUCGGCGCCGGAGGGCCUCCCCGCGCGGGAGAUCCUCCCAACGGUGGGCGGCGCGGGGGCGACGGUCGUGUACACCGGCGUCGUGGCCUUCAAGUACGGCGGCAGGGAGUUCACCACCACCGCAAGGGUGCAGGUCGGGGACGCCAUCGUCGUGGACGGAGACCGCGGGGAGGAUCUGGGCUUUGUGCAGCGCGUUACCGCCCAAACUAUUAACAGUAACAAUAAUAAUAAUUUACCAUAUGCUGGGGAACGCGUACGCCGCAUUGCCACCGCAGAGGAUCUCCAACAACACCACGCACGAGCUCAGAAGGAGGAGGAGGCACUCUGCACCAUGCGCGUACUCGCAAAGCAGGUGAAGUGCCCAGCGUUUAUUCAGGAUAUCAUGUACCAGUUGGAUAGCCGCAAGAUAACAGUCAUCAUCGCCAGGGAAUCCCGCUCGUAUGUUGAUUUCCGCCGCCUGCAACGGGCAGCCUUUGACGUAUUCCGCUGCCGUGUCUGGUGUGAGUACCUGGAUGAGAUCGCCAUGCCGCAAUUAAGUGGUUCCUGUGAUGCUGCGGUUUCUUCGGCUUUUCAAUUACCGCUGCAGCGUCCAUUGUACGGAAGGCGAUCACGCUGCCCAGUGUUAAUGCCAGAUACUCGUGAUAUGAUUGCCCAGGCGUAA